AUGGCUUCUCGCGACCAUGUCUUCACCUCCAUUGGAUCUGGCAAUCGACCGACUCGGUCCACGCGCUCCUGGACAGAUGCCAACGGUGUCCACUACACUGUAGAUUCAACAUCUUGGUCUGGACCGGGAAUCUCAUUUGGAGCCAUGACGGGCUCGGCGAAUGGAGGACUUCGAAGCUUCACCACGCCGUUGUCUUCUUCGAGACCGAGAUCGGGCUUGUUUGGCAAUGCGUUUGGGCUGCUGGACGAUCUACUCUCGACGCAGCAGCAGAGACAGCACGACGAAUUCGUGACUAGUAUGGGCCAAGGUCAGGCGGCACCGCGAAGCCGGGCACGGGUCGAAGUCGAGAGCGAUACGGAUGAUGAGGACUUGACAUAUGAGAACGAGGUGUAUGAGCGCAACCCCCGCUCGAGGCCAAAGAGCAUGUUUGGAAGGCUGAAGGAUAAACUGCUCGAUGGAAAGCAGCGUCCACGGCGUUCGAGGGAGUCGAGCCACGAGCGUAGCUAUAGCCACAGUCGGGAGCGGUCACCUGUACACGCUCCUCAACCACAACCAGAGCGGCGACGAAGCUCAUAUCGGACCGACACGCGGGAGCCAACUUGGUCGCAGGCACCGCGCGAGCGGACACGGCCAGAGUUCAUCGAAGUUGACUACGAAGAGGACGAUGAGGAAGAGGUGAUACCUCCAGUCCCCCGGCGAUCCACAGCUCAGCCUGAUCUGAGCAUCCUUGAAGCGCUGGAGAGCGUAGUGGAGAGUGAACGACGAGCAGUAAGAGCCUGCAAGAAGCGACUCGAACAGGCGAUACGGCAGCCAGGGACAAGCUCGAGCUAUCUACAGCGCAUGGUGGAUGAGCUGAAAGGGCACGAGAUCUCCUUGACACAGGCACAGAACAACUUGGACGAGGCAAAGGCCGGACAGACGAGAAGCAGUAGACCGAGACCGCAGUCCUUCCACCCACGAAUGAGCCAACAGCAACAGCCACAGCCACGACGAACGCAGUCGCGAAGCUUCGAAGACGAAUUCCUGAGUCCUUUUGAUGGGUUUCCAUCUUUCUUCUCUGCGCCUGGUUCUCAGCAUCCUGACCCUAUCUUCCGCGCCUUCGAAGAGCUCGACUCGUUUGGUCCCUUUGGCAGAGGGGGUUUCGCUAUGCACGAGCAAAUGUUCGGCAACAUGCGUCCUGAAAGCGGGAAUUUCAGAUACUUCAGCUCCCCAAAUGGCGUUCCCCCGAGUGCACAGCAACGGAAAGGAGCACGCUACAGCACUCACAAUGCCGCACCGCCACCGAAUGUCCAGUUCUCGACUUUCGCCCCUCCUCCGCCUCCACCUCCUCAACCUCCGGCAAACCUCCUCAAACCGGAAGAGGCCAAAUGCCUUUUCAAAAUCUACAACGAGCACUGGAACAACCUCUCCCCUUCGGACCCCAACAUCCCCUACCCGGCUCGCAACCUCCAAGCGCGCAACCUCACCACCCGCGAUUCCAUCUGGGCACCCACAUGCAACGCUCCUGUCGCCACCUGGUCCGACGAAGACAUCAUGAAAAGCAACGCACAGGCCUUUUAUCUCGGCGUCGUCGGUCUGACGCCGGAGUAUAGCGAAUCGUCGGCGAGUGGGAGGAUCCUGAUGGGGUUUGAUCGGGGCAAAGCGAAUCCGGCGCAGGUGAAGGUUCUUGUUGACCUUUUGAAGAAGGAACGGAUGAGGUGGCAUAGUGAUCGGUUGGGGAAGAGGAAUGGGAACGCGGGCGGGGAGGGGGUGAAUGAGGGGUUACAGAGGGAUGUGAGGGCUCGGGCUGUCUUUCAUGCGGUUUGUGAGUUGAUUGAGUGGGCGAGUCAGUAG